UGGGAUGUUAGUAGCCAGUUAGAGAGGCACCAGGAAAACUGGAAAAGGUAUCUGGGGCCAGAUGCAUCCACCCAGAAGAAAGUAAUCACACCAGAGGAAACUUUUCAGCAAAAUAAGUUUGGUGAAAACCCCAGAUUGAACACAGUUCUGGUUACACAGCUGAAUGUUCCUUCAAGGCCUAGUGAAUGUGAUACACUUGGAAGCAAUUUGGGACAGAAUUCAGAUAUAAUUAAUCAGAGUAAUAUCCUUGCAAAAAAGAAACCUUACAAAUGUGAUAAAUGUAGAAAAGCCUUUAUUCAUAGAUCAUCACUUACUAAACACGAGAAAACUCAUAAAGCAGAGGGAGCUUGCCCCAUUGGUACAGAUCAGGGGAUUUAUCCUGGAAAGAAACACCAUGAAUGUACUGACUGUGGGAAAACCUUCCUCUGGAAGACACAACUUACUGAGCAUCAUAGAAUUCACACUGGGGAGAAGCCCUUCGAAUGUAAUGUGUGCGGGAAGGCUUUCAGGCAUAGCUCAUCCCUUGGCCAGCAUGAGAAUGCUCACACGGGAGAGAAACCUUACCAGUGUAGUCUCUGUGGGAAAGCCUUCCAGCGCAGCUCCUCCCUUGUUCAGCACCAGAGAAUUCACACUGGAGAGAAACCCUAUCGAUGCAAUUUAUGUGGGAGAUCUUUUAGGCAUGGCACAUCCCUCACCCAACAUGAGGUCACACAUAGUGGAGAGAAACCCUUUCAAUGUAAGGAGUGUGGGAAAGCCUUUAGCAGAUGUUCUUCCCUUGUGCAGCUUGAAAGGACUCACACAGGAGAGAAACCUUUUGAAUGUAGCAUAUGUGGGAGGGCUUUUGGUCAGAGCCCAUCCCUUUAUAAACAUAUGAGGAUUCAUAAGAGAGGCAAACCUUACCAAAGCAAUAACUACAGUGUAGAUUUCAAGCACAGCUCAUCUCUAACUCAAGAUGAAAGUACUGUCAGUGAAGUGAAAUCCUAUCAUUGUAAUGACUGUGGGGAAGAUUUCAGUCACAUCACUGACUUUACUGAUCAUCAGAGGAUCCAUACUGGACAGAACCCCUAUGAAUGUGAGCAGAACUUUAAUCAACAACCUAUUUUUCAUGCUGGAGAGAAACCCUAUCAGUGUAAUGUAUGUGGAAAAGCUUUCAAAAGGAGUACAAGCUUCAUAGAACAUCACAGAAUUCAUACUGGAGAAAAACCCUAUGAAUGUAAUGAAUGUGGAGAAGCCUUCAGUCGACGCUCAUCACUUACUCAACAUGAGAGGACCCACACUGGAGAGAAACCCUAUGAAUGUAUUGACUGUGGGAAAGCCUUUAGUCAAAGUUCAUCCCUCAUUCAGCAUGAGAGAACUCAUACUGGAGAAAAACCCUAUGAAUGUAAUGAAUGUGGGCGAGCCUUUCGGAAAAAAACCAAUCUGCAUGAUCAUCAGAGAAUUCAUACUGGAGAAAAACCUUAUGCUUGUAAGGAAUGUGGGAAAAACUUCAGUAGAAGCUCAGCGCUAACUAAACACCAGAGAAUUCAUACACGGAAUAAACUGUAG